GAAACGGCAAAACUUGUGCCUAAGUAUGUGAAUAUUUGAGUUAAUAGCAACUGUUUAAACUUGUUGUUAUGACAUAUUGUACUUUUCUGUGCUAUAUUCGGUUCUUAAGGUCACUGAUGGGAGCCGUUUUGAAAGGUAGUUUCUUUGUGUGGGUUAUUUUACUCAUUAGGAGUUGUGGCAUACAUUGACGUCAGAUCUCCGUUUGGGAAUCCAGCUGUUGCUCUUGGAGCAGCUCUUGAGUCUCUGGGUGCUAGUGUGUCACAUACACUAAACCAUCUUGUUACACAUGUUAUAUUUCGUAAUGGAUCUGAAGCCGUUAAAAGUUGGGCUCUCAAGAGGAGCAUUCCGUUAGUAUCCCCAGGAUGGGUAAAAGCGUCCAGAAUGAUGAAGGUAGUAUGAAUAUCUUAAAAUGGUCAUAUGCUUUCAGAUGAAAGCUUCUGAGACAGCCUAUUCUGAUGACUGUGAAAUUCUUGAUCUGAUUACAUCAGUAGACAGUGAAAGUUCCCUGCGACAGUGUAAUCCAAAAAUUAUUCAACCGAAUAUAUCUGAUGAAGAUUACAACGAUGGUGUGCCUAUUUACAAGCCAAUUCGCGUUAGAGAAAACUUUAUCAGACCAAAAACACCACCAGGAAUGAAAGAUUUCAUUCUUCGCAUUCAAGAACGUGAAAAAUUAAACAAAGAACCUACUCUUCUUUGUGAAGAAACUAUAUUGGAAGAUUCAAAGGAAAAUAUCACGAACGAACCACAGACUCAUUCUGUUAAAGAAGCUUUUCAUGAGAUACCUGAAAAGCCGACAGCUUUAGUUGACUCAAUGAUCACAUCUACACAGAAUGCAGUAAAUCAAUCAACAACGGCUGUAGAAUUCCAUCGUUCUUUAUCACCUAUUCCCCGUAAAUCUCAAAAACUAGAUACUUUAGACACCAGCAGUAUUUUAGAUGAUUCGAUGGCAGAGAUUAUUAUUCCUUCAACUAAUGUAGAACAAACCAACUCUCACAGAUUUCGUUUAAUUAAUCCUGAAACGUAUUCACAAAAUGAUGUAUUAAUUAUUCCAAGAGUUCAACAAUCAUCUACACUCACUGGUAACUGUGAAAGUAAUAAUAAUAAUAAUAGUAAAGGACAAAAGUUGAAAAGACAAUCCAUUGAAUUAACCCAAAAGCUUUCAAUUAGUGCACCUCUUACUCCAGAUUUGCUAGUGAAUUUUGUGAGUAGAAUGCGUAAACCAAAGUCUUUCAGUGCUAAAAAGAAACAGAAAGAGGAGACUAUGAAACGUAAUGAUAACAAUAAUAAUAAUAAUGGUAAUAACACUAAUAAUACCAAUGUUACUCAACGUAAAGAUGAGAUUAGAAAAUCACCUAACUUAUUCAUCACCCCCAAUAAGAAAUCCUCGAAUUUACACACUACAGGUACACCGAAAACACCCAGAAAAGCCUUUGCAAUAGAUAAUAAAUCCCUUAGUGAACCAAGAUUAAAGUCUACUCCAGAUAAAAGGAAUAAAACGCCUAAACAGUUACCUACAAAACGAUUGACAAAUAGAACUCCAUGUAACAGUAAAAGUGUUGGCAAGGUAAAAGUGAAAAAAACGCCAGCAAAGGAAAAGAACCCACGUUUACCGUCAUCUUCUGGUGAUCAUAAAGACACGCAUGAUUUGAAUAAACUCCCUUGUGGCGAAAUAAAGUCAAAUAGAAAAUUGUAUACACCAUCAAACCCGCGACCUGUUUGUCCACGUUUACCAGUGGAUUUAGAUGAAACAAUGUCUCCUGUUGUCCUGCUAAUGAAAUCAGACGAUAAUCAAAACAUGAAAUCUGUUCAGACAUCAUCGCUAGCACCCAGUCCUAUUCGGAAAAGGUUGCGUAGUUCAAUGGCAGCACUCAGUCCUACACAACAACCAUCGUCUUCUGAUUGGAAACAGAGAAUACGCACUGACCAGGUGACCACACCAAUAUGUAGAAAAUCGAAACGGAUAUCUCUUAGUCACAUAAAACCUAUCAGCAACCGUAAUAGCCUAGAAGAGUUUCGUUUAACACCUGUGGAGAAAUGCAAAAGUGAUGUUACAAUGAAAUCUCCAUCGACUUCUGUAAACACUCCAACUAAGAUCAGUAUUGUAUUUAGUGGGACUCAAUCAGAAGAUGAACAAGUGUUAACUGCUUUAUUAAAAUCAAGUAAUUUAAAGAAUUAUGUUAUUGUAAAACUGCCGAGUAAUUCAAUUGCUGCAAAUUCUGAUUCAAGAAGAUCAAAUACUGUAAGACCUGGUACAGCUAGUCGAGCCUGUGCUACACCGCACUUUACACAUUUAAUUACUCAAGUGCCGUGUCGACGAACAUUGAAAUUAUUCUAUGCACUGAUUCAAGGCGUGCAUAUUUGUACAACAGAUUGGAUACGUGAGUCAGUAGCAUCAAAUAUGUGGCUAUCAGAAUCAUUGUUCAAACCACUUGGAUUACCACGUUUAUCACGGCUGCAAAGAAUGAAUACAUUAUUCUCAAAUACCGGUGUCAUUUAUGUUGGUUCGGAUACUAAUCCACCACGUCAAGAUCUUGUUGAUUUACUAAGUCUAGGUGGUGCAGUUCUUACCAAUAAGAAAAUGGAGGCAUCAGUUCUAAUUGGAUGUAAUGUACCAAAUAAAAUGUGUGUCAAGGUCAAUUGGAUUUUGGAUUGUAUAUAUCAAGCCAAAUUAUUAUCCAUGCUGGAAUAUAAACUAUGACUAAUGAUGAUCUAUCAGCAAAACCACAACAACAAUAACCCAAAUUUUAUGAUCUCAGGGAGUAUCCAGUAUUACUUUAUGUACAUAUAUAUCAUAUAUACAGAUAUUAUUAUAAUUUUUGCAGUUUUUUAUUGGCUUGCUUAAUCAAUAUGCAUGUUCAACACUUAUUAUUAUUAUUAAUUUAUGACGACACUGUAUCACUUGGCGCGUUUCUCGCUUUUGUACAUAUCACUUCCCUCGUAUUCAUUUCUUGUCUUAUAAUAGUUUUAUAUUAUUAUUAUUAUUAUUAUUAUUAUCAAUAAUUAUUUCCCUGUAAUUUUUGCUUCUGUUUACAACAAUGAGACAAUAAAAGCCUAAUUACUUGUUUCAAA